CACAAGUGUGAGUUCAUAGUUACAUAACCUGUUUGUGCGGCACUCGGGGAAGCAACAAGAGGAGAAGAUCUUGCUCUCUACUCAGCCAUACAAAGUAUUUCUUCCCGGCCAAAAUACUCAGGUCAUUUACUUUAUUUAUAAAUAUGAAUGCGGAGAUUCAAAGACCUUUAGCUUUGAUACCAUGCAGUGAUUCCAUUCUUUCAUUUUCACUACCGCUUGUCCUUGGGAAGUCUCAUUAAGUGAAGUACCCUUUUCUGGAAGAAGGAGAAAAAGAAGCCUUGUUUUCAACUCAGCUGCACAAAGUAUUUCUUUUCGGAAAAAAUAUUCAGGUAACUUGAUGGCAAACAACUUAGCAAGUUGUGAUGAGGAAGAACAUGAGGUUAGAAUUGAUAUCCAGGCCGCCGAGUGUUGUAUUCACAAGGUUCCUAGAAAUCUACGGGAAGUAAACCCAGAAGCUUACACUCCUCAGUUAGUUUCAAUAGGCCCUUAUCAUCAUGGCCAAAAUGCGCUGGCUGACAUGGAAAAUCAUAAAAGGAGAUACAUGAACUCGUUUGGUCAACGAAUCCCCUACUCUCCUGAUAGAAAGAAGGAGAUCCUGAAAUUUGUUGGAAAAAAGGAAAAAAGAAUCCGCCGUCAAUAUGCUGAGCCACUCGACAUUCCAAGUGAUGAGUUUGUAGAAAUGAUUAUACUUGAUGCCGUCUUCAUCAUUGAGCUCCUCUGGAGAUUUGGGAAUAGGGACAGUUAUGAUUUUUUGCUAAAUGAGGUUUGGCUAAGAGCUAUAAGACGGGACUUGCUGUUACUCGAAAAUCAGCUUCCAUAUUUUUUGCUUGAGGGUUUAUAUAACUUGGCCUUCACUUCUGCUAGCAAAGAUGAAGUGUCUGAUGACGAAAGGAUUCCCUUCACCAGUCUUUCUGUUUUUUUCUUCGAACUCAAUCGCUCGCACAACAGACCGCUUUCUUGUCAAAGUAGGAGUAUCAAAAUUAACCAUUUCACUGAUUUGUGUAGAUAUGCUCUAGUAGAAAUUCCAAAGUAUCCCAAGUUUAAACUCCGAAUAACGUCUGAGGAUAUUUUACCCAACGCACUGAAGUUGAAAAAUUCAGGAUUGAAGUUUGAGCCUUGUCGGAAUAGAUAUUUGGUUGACAUACAAUAUCAAAAGAUAAAAUCACCAAUGUCCUUUUCUACUGUAGUUGAGCUGCAAAUCCCACCCAUUGAAAUAACUGACAACACGGAAUGUUUGAUCAGAAAUCUGAUGGCCUUGGAGCUGUGUCAUUAUCCGUCCAAAACUUAUAUAUGUAGUUAUAUUCAAGUAAUGGAUUCUCUUAUCAACACCGAAGACGAUGUGGAUUUGCUUGUUGAAAAGGGAAUUAUUGUGAAUUUUAUGGGCAACAAUUCUGUAAUAGCGGACAUGUUUAAUGAACUGUGCCGACAGGUUCCUUUAAGUUAUACCUAUUACGAUGACCUUUGUUGUGAUGUGAACGAGCACUAUGAAAGUGCUUGGAACCAUACCAUGACAACUUUGAGAAGAGUGUAUUUCAGCAAUCUUUGGAGAGGCACCGCAACUGCUGUCGCAAUUAUACUCCUGCUGCUUACUUUGACACAAACUGUAUUUUCUAUCCUGCAAGUAGUCUUGCCUAACCAAAUGAUUUGAAGUAUUUAAUUUGUAAUAGAUGGUAUACUUUAUAUGCAGUGCUAAUUGCUUUGUCGUUUUAUAGUGUGAUUUGUUAGGGUUUUUGAUGCAGACAAUGUGGUUUCAGAAUUUUUAGACAAGUAGGAUUCCAAAUAGUUCUACGAUUUCCUUUUCCUAUAGCCAAAUGGGAUUUUCUUUUCCUAUUGACAAA